GGGCAGGGAGACACGCAGCCGCCCGGAUGGCGGCGGGGCUCGGAGCCGAGGCGGGCGGGCGGGCGCCGAGAGCGACCUCGCCAGACCCGCGGGUGAACUAGCAAGGUUGGCCGGCGCGGGAGGGAGGGCGCGAGGCGCGGCCGCAGAGGGGGUGCCCGGAGGGCCCCCCGGCGGUCGGGGAGGCUGAGGGGUGCCCGCAGCUCUGCUUCGGAGCUCUCCCCCAAGUCCUCCCAGCUGAGAUUCGGGCUUCACGGCAGUCCUCACUUCGCUCCCCUCUCCCGCCUCCUGGAGCGGGCGCUCCGCGCCCACCCUCUUCCCCGGAGCGUGGCCACCGGCUUGGGACGCACGCACGCCCAUCGCGGCGCCAGCCUUCGGCGCCCACCUCGCGGUCCCCUUGCUGCCGAACAGAAAACACACGAAACUUAAAAAAAAAAAAAAAAAAAAAACGUACAAAAUGCCCUCCCUGCAAAUUUAAAAAAAAAAAAAAUCCCUUUUGCUCCUUACACCCCGGAAACGGCGAGGGAGCGACGGGCUUCGGCGGAGGAGCCGCGCUGGGAGCCGGUUCAAUCCAGCCCGGCAUGGCUCCCCAGGCCUGUCCGGGCGCAUGGAGAUCGGCGCCGCCGCCACUCGCAGCAACCCCUCUCCCCCGAAAUCCGCGGAGCCCGGGCUCACUUACCGAGCGUGUGAAUGGGAGCGCGGGCCAGGGGCACCGAGGGGUGCGGCGGGCCGAAGAGCGGAGCCGCAGCUCCGCCGCAGCCGACGCCGGGGCAGCGAGUCGCCAGACAAAGCCCGAGAUGGCGAAGCGGAGCGACGGCUAAUGGCGAGCCCCACGCGCGGCGCUCCGCCCGCCCCGCUCCGCCCGCCCGCCCGCCCGCCUCGGCGCAGCGCAGCGCCGCUCCGAGCGCUCGCCCGUCAGAGCCGCCUCGGCGCCGCCGCCUCCGGGGCCACCCCGGCCUCGCCUGGCCCCUCCGCCUCCUCCGGGCCACUCAGCCUCACCCCCUUCCCUCCCACCGCGAUGGGGGCUGCACGAAAAUAA